UGUGAGCAGCCAAAGCAAAAGGUUGCUCAGGCUCCAGAAGAUGAGUGCCCAAGCCUGGGAACUGGGCUUGAGGCAAUGCUGAACCAGGCAUGAUGCAAACUGUGCCAGGCCUGAGAGAUGCAGCUGGGCACAGCUGACAUCAGCCCUCAGCAAUGAAGUGGCACUCACUGAAAUGGCACAGCCCCAGGCACUUCUGCCUCCUGGUUUUGGGACAUGUUCAGACCCUGGGUGCUGCCCUCCCUUUCCCCUAGUUCUCCACCCUGCUGAGAGUCCCUUGGGUCUCCUCUGCAGAUGGGCUCUUUGUGACUGACUACUUCACCCGCACACCACGCAAGCUCAGCCCCUUCCGCUCCUUUGCCAGCAUCGAGCUCUUCCACUUCCACAUCCCUGAGGACACAGUCAUUGCUGUCUGGAACCUCAUCACCUUCAAGGAGCAGGGUGGCACCUUUGGGGACCAAUGCCCAGAUCGUAGCAUCACCGUGUGAGUACUUCCGCUCAGGGGCUCCCUCCGUCAUUAACCCACUGCACACGCACUUCCCCAGGGACACGGCUGUCCCUGGCUCCUUUGCACUGACUCUCACCUGGACCCUGCCCAACCGCACCACGGGGGUCUUCAAUGUCACCAGCCCGCUGCCCGGGGACUGGUUCCUGGCUGCUCACCUGCCCAAAGAUGAGGGCAAGAUCUCUGUCAAGGGGCUCUACGAGGAGUGCCAGUACCUCUUCCAGCCACAGCUCAUUGUGCAGCGCCUGGUGAACAUCGCCGUGCUGUACCCUGGUUAUGUCACUGAGCAGAGCAUGGCCCCCCACAACCGCUCCUGCCUCUACAAGGUGUUUGUGCCAAGCUACACAUCACGAGUGCUGGUGGAGGUGCUGCGGUGCCAUGGGGCUGAGGGCUGCCCGCUCUGGCUGCGUGUGCGGGCCAAGGCUCCCCCCCUGCACAACUCCACAGCACUGGACUGCCGGGAGCACGAUCCCUGCCAGCUGGCACUGGACCUGCCCUUCUGGCAGCACUGGUACUAUGUGCUGGUGGAGAAACACCCUGGGGUGCCAGGCACCAUCUCCUUCCAGGUCACCGUGCAGCUCACAGACUGCUCCCAGCCCAGCCUGGCCCGGCCACCCUUCCUACCCUCCAGUGCUUCCAUGAACAUGCCCCACUCCUUCGGCUCUGCGGGUGGGAUGGCGCUGGGGGACAGCCCUCCACCUACCAGCCCCAAUGGCACGAAGCACCCAGUCCCCAUCACCUCACCUGCCAGUGAGCGGUGCUGGCCCAUCCGCCCCACGCUGCGCAAUGAGCUGGACACCUUCUCCGUCCACUUCUACAUCUUCUUUGGACCCAACGUGUCAGUGCCACCCGACCGCCCUGCUGUCUUCGUCAUCAACCUCCUGCCGGUGCUGGACAGUGGUGGGGUGCUCAACCUGGAGCUGCGGCUCAAUGUGAGCUCCCUGUGUGGCGAGAAUGUGACGGUGUUUGGGUGUCUGAACCACGAAGUCCCACUGACGUCCAGUGACAACGCCUCAGUCACCUGCGAGACAGAGUCCCUGGCAGGCUUCCUGCUCUCCGUCAAUGCCACAGCCAGCCUCAGCCGCCUGCGGAUCCCCUACCCCCAGACAGGCAGCUGGUACCUGAGCCUGCGCUCGCUCUGUGCCACAGAGCAUGGGUUUGAGCCCUGCACCAACGUGACAGCCGAGGUGUACCUGCGCACCUACCUCUCGCCCUGCAUCAACGACUGUGGCAUCUACGGCCAGUGCAAGCUGCUGCGCACCAACAACUACCUGUACGCUGCCUGCGAGUGCAAAGCUGGCUGGAAUGGCUGGGGCUGCACAGACAACUCCGAGGCUUUCUCCUACGGCUUCCAGCUCCUCUCCACGCUGCUGCUGUGCCUCAGCAAUGUCAUGUUCGUGCCUCCUGUGGCCAUUGCUGUCCGCAGCCACUACCUCCUGGAAGCUGCUGUCUACAUCUUUACCAUGUUCUUCUCCACUUUUUACCACGCCUGUGACCAGCCCGGCAUAGUAGUGUUCUGCAUCAUGGAGUAUGAUGUGCUGCAGUUCUGCGACUUCCUGGGCUCCCUCAUGUCUGUCUGGGUCACCGUCAUCGCUAUGGCCCGGCUCCAGCCCGUGGUCAAGCAGGUGCUGUACCUGCUGGGGGCCAUGCUGCUCUCCAUGGCUCUGCAGAUGGACCGCCAUGGGCUCUGGAACCUGCUAGGGCCCAGCCUUUUCGCCUUGGGGAUCAUGGCUGUUGCCUGGACAGCUCGCACCAUCCGGCGCCGACACUGCUACCCACCAACCUGGAAGCGCUGGGCUUUCUACCUGUGCCCGGGAGCGCUGAUCGCGGCGGCCGCUGUGCUGCUCUAUGCCUUUGUGGAGACAGAGGAGAACUACUUCUACAUCCACAGCAUCUGGCACCUGCUCAUCGCUGGCAGCGUUGGCUUCUUGCUGCCGCCCCGCGCCAAGCCCAGCAGGCGCCUGGGGCCACUGCCCCGGCGCAAGGGCUGUGGGUACCAGCUCUGUGUCAAUGAACAGGAGGAGCUGGGGCUUGUUGACCCGGCCGUGGCCUCCAUCAACAGCAUUUGUACCAGCUGAUGCUGACGGCACCUGGACUCCUUCUUCACGGACAGCAGCCCUGCAGGGCUCGGCACCCACUCUCUUUGCCAGCCACCCCUUCCCGGGAGCACCAGGAUUCCUCUGGGAGGGCACAGAGCCGCUCGUGCCAUCUUUUUGUUGCAAUUACAGCCUGGUUGAACUUGUC